AUAAUAUUAAAAAAUAAAAAAUUCUAUAUGAGUUAAUAAUUAUCCGAAUAAAAUUAAUCAGAUAGUGAAGAGAGAUAUUUAAAAAUCAACAUUCCAUUAUAAAAGUAAAUAAAAAAGAAAAUAAAAAAAAAGUAUAAUAUAAAAUAAUACAAUAGAGAUUUUUCUCAAUAAAAUGAAUAACCAUCGAAACAACAAAAACACUAAAGUUAAAUCAUUGAGAUGAUAAAAAGAAAGCCUCAUAGGCUUAAAUGGUUAAAGGAAUCAUUGAAAGAUUUUGCAUUAAUAAAAAAGAAUAUAUAUUUAUUUAGAAAAAGAAAAAUGCCAUCACAUAAAGACAUUAUAGGAUGUGACUGUAAAAGAGUUCCAAUAGAAUUAUUGUAACAAAAAAAUAAAUUAAUAAUCAUAAUAAAAAAAAAAAUAAAAGAGAAAAAAUGCCACUUUCAAAAAAACUAAGUGGCCAAAUAAAUUGUGGGGAAAACUGUUGGAAUAGGGCAGUAUGUACAGAAUGUUGUAAUUUAUCAUGUAGAUGUGGAGAUUUAUGUUAAAAUAGACGUUUUUAAAAACAUGAAGAUGCUUGUGUUUAUCCUUAUCCAACAUCAGGAAAGGGAUGGGGUUUAUGUGCAGGUUAAUAUAUUCCAAAAGGAACAUUUAUAAUUUAAUAUAUUGGAGAAGUUUUCGAUAUUAAUAGUGAAGAAGGAAUAAAAAGAGUCAAAGAUUAUAGUAGAUCAACAUGCACUUAUUUAAUGAAAAUUGAUAAAAAUGAAGUUAUUGAUCCUACUUUUAAAGGAAAUUUAGCCCGUUUUAUAAACCAUUCAUGUGAUCCGAAUUGUAUAACGUAAAAAUGGCAUGUUUUAGGUGAAAUUUGUAUCGGUAUAUUUGCUAUUAAAAAUAUUAAAGAAGAUGAUGAACUUACUUUUGAUUAUUAAUUUGAUUCAUAUAAAACUCCUUUAACAAAAUGUUUAUGUGGAAAUGUUAAAUGUAAAGGAUAUUUAGGAUAUAUACCUACUGAUUAUACUUUUGAGGAAUGGGAAGAAAGAUUAGAUAGUCUUCCUUGUGAAAUUUGCUAAGGAAAUACAGAAGAUGAUGAUGAUAAAUUACUAUUAUGUGAUAGAUGUAACAACGGUUUUCAUAUAUUUUGCUUAAAUCCUCCUUUGAGUGAGAUUCCAAAGGAAGAUUGGUAUUGUUAGAAUUGUCUGGCUUAUAUUAAAAAUAUAAACUAGGAAUAAGUUUAAUAAGAAAACAAAGAAAAACUUAAAAAGAAAAAAUCUAAAAAUAUUUUACAAAAUAGAAUCGAAACUAUUGAUUAAUAAGAAGAAGAGGAAUAAAUAAAAUUUUCAGAAGAAUAUGAAUAGGUUUAUGAGUUUUAGAAAUAAUUGGAAAGUAAAGCUAUAGAGGAAUUAUAUGAUAUUAAUCUAGACUAAGAUGAUGAUGAACUUGAUAAAUUAAAAAUUAAAAGAAGAAAAGAAAUGCAUAUUUAAGAUUAAAAAGAAUAAUAAUUAUUAUAAGAAAAAAUUGAAAAAUAAAAAAAAUAGAAAUAAAAAAGUUAAUAAUAAUUUAUUUAUUUAUAUUUUUAAACAAAAAAAUUAGAUGAAAAUAUUAUUUAAGAAUAAUAAUAAGCCGAAGAAUCUGAUUCUGAAUCUGAUUAAUCAGAUAUUGUAGAUUAAUAAGAUAAUGUUUUAUCAAAUAAAUACUUAAAAACUAUAAUAAUCCUUAAUAAGUUAGAAAUGCAUCUUUUUAGGACUAAUUUUGCACUUUUUGAGAAAUUAGGAAUAAGAACAUUUUGGGAUCAUAGCUAGAAAGUGGCUCAUGAUUUAUUUAUGAAAAAUACUGAAUUAUCUAUAUUGGGAAAUGAUUAAUAAAUUUAAAUUUUCACAGAAGUAAUAGAUUCUAUGUAAGAAAUAGUUAAAUAAUUAAAAAAUGAAAUGGGAAUUAUAGAAGCUUAUAUUUCUAUUCCAGCGAUUUUUUUAAAGAAAAUUAUCGGAUUAAGCCACUUUAAUAUUAAUAGAAUGGAAAAAUAACACUAAGUGACUAUUUUUUAUAAUAAAAGAUUUAUUACUGAUGAAUGUUAUCCUUUAGAAUAAAAAGUUAAUCUAUUAGUUAAAGGUACUAAGGAAAGUAUUAUUAAAGUCCAUUAAGAUAUUACCGAAAAAAUAAGUACAUUAGAAGUUUAAAGAAUUUAUUUAACUCCUUGGGAAACUAAAAUGGUACUUAAUUCUUUAUAAAUGCUCAAAAGAAAAAAUCAUAAAUCUGAAUUUAGAUUACAUAGAGAUAAUCCUUUUAAAGAUAUUAAUCAUCCAUUUUUUUUUAUUUAAGUUAAGGAAAAGGAACUUACAUUGAUUGGAACAAGAGAGGAAAAUAUAAAAACUUAAUAAGAAAUUCUUAAUAUAAUAAAUAAUACAAAUAAAGAAAGGGAAGAAUUUUAAUGUUCUCAUUAUUUGAUGCCUUCUUAUUUAAAAGGAGCUUCAGCUUAAAUAAAAUAAUAAAUAGAAAAUUAAGUUCAUGGUUUAAAAGUGUAGAUUUUUGAUCCGACUCAUCCUCGUAAAAAUAUGACUGUGACAAUAUCUUUCUUAAGAAUAAAAACAUGUUUUUUUUUUUUUUAAUUCUUUAAUUUUUUUUUUUUUUUCAAGAAAUUUAAUUUGGAAGCUUUUUAGGAUUAAAUGAUGUAUUAGAUGACUAAAUAUUUAUUUAAAUAUAUGUAAAAUAGCUUUCUUACUAAUGAUACUUCUUUUAUGAAAAAUUGGGAUAUUAUUUCACCUUAUUUUUCUCAUGCGUAAGCUGAUAAUAAUUGGUUUUUUAAAAGUGUUUAAAAUUUCUUAUUUUCGGAUCAUGAUACUUAGCUUUAUAUUUGCUUUGUUAGUAAAAGAUUGGAAUUAAUUUAGAAGUUUUUCAAAAAAUAAUAGUUCUAAUAUCAUUAUUAGUAAUAAGGAUGGACUAAAAGGGAAUAAUUUUCUGUAGGAAAUUCAAUUCAUAAUUUAGAAAUUGAAGGUUUAGAAAUAUAAAAAGAAGAUAGCUAAUAAUUAAACGAAGAAGAAAUUAAAAAUAUUAUGGAAAUUGAAGAAAUUAAUGAUUUUAAUAAAAUAAAAUAAAAUAUUAUUAGUUUAAUUAGUUUUAUACUUAAAAGAUUAAUUCAAAAAAAUAUUGGAAUACUCAAAAAUUAUUAGACUGUUUUUACAAAAAAAUAACUUGUUUAACCAUAUUUUUAUAGAGAUAAAUAUCCCACUAUAAGCUUUACUGGAGGAGUAAUUUAAUAAUAUAUAUAUAUAUAUAUAUAUAUAUAUAUAUAUAUAUAUAUAUAAAUAUUAAAUUUAUACUAUUAAUAUUAAAUAGCCACAUUUUAAUAGAGAUAAUUUACACUAAGAAUUAGGUGA